AUGAGAUUGCGGGUCAAACACACCUUAUUGCUUGACCUCUAUAUGUCAAGCAAUAACAUCCAGUAUCUAUCACUUCACUACUUCUUCGGCAGCGCUAAUAGUACUCUACUCUACUCUACAGUCUCUGCGCCAACACUUCCCCUCUUCUUCUUCUCUCAGUUUAAGUCGAUUGAAGUGGUGUUAAGCGGACGACAAAACCCUUUGGGCAAAAACUGA